AUGGAGGAAGCCAACUUGCUUGCUGUUCAACAACGGGUAUGUGCGAGUAUUGUCGAGCUUGACAUAAAUCUUCACCGCAUUUCCCAAUUAUCCAGCUUCGGCAAGCAUCUUACUACCAAGCCUCGCAAACAUCGCACAACAACCACCAACUGCAGUGCUAUGAACGUUAUCCACAACUUCCAAAAGAAGGGCUUUGUCGUCAUGUACCGCGCGGUUCCCGACGACGAGACCGACCACCUUCGCUCCUUGGCUCGUGACAACAAGAACCUAUGGAUCCACGAGACUUGGAACGAUGUGCUCACUGAUGACAAUCGUGUGGCAGAGUGGCAGUUCCUGAAGACUGUCGCGGGUGCAUCAAACCAGCUCGUCCGCCGCCGGUUUUCGCCGGAUCCGGUGGGAGACGAAUGCGUCAAGUCCAUCUCGGUCCCAGGGUCGCUGUAUAUCGCUACUGAAGACAACACGUACAUCUACGGAUAUGGUUGGAACCACAAUGUUGCCAUGGUCUCUGACCGACAACACAUCACUCUGAACAAAGGCGACCUGAUCCUAAUGGGAGGAGAUUUCAUCUACGCGAGAGCUGGGAGUCGGUCAAACAAUGUGUGUGUUCACGCAUCCGUUGAUAGCGCACUCUAUGAGCGCCCACUCUACCAGCCGCCCGAGUUCGUGACCUUGGUGGACGACACACGCUGGAUUGAAGAACACUUCUGCUUCGUUUGGAACUGCCCGUUUAGAGGCACCGGUCAGCACUCCCUUCGCCGCCACCUCAACAGAUACCAUAAAAUGGUAUUCAGGAACGUGCGCAUGCCUCAUUCAUACUGA